UCCCUAAGCAACGUAUACUCAACACCCUGGUGUGGUGGUCAUGUGACUUUGACAAGACGUGACUUCUCCAAAAUAUGGAUGUGACUGCAAACAGAAAUGUGAAAAAGUAGCUAAUUUCAAAAUUAUUUGCCAGGGGGAUACAGAAAGAAAAACCAGAGAGACAUCAAUCCCAAAACAAACACAGGGCUGUCCUACGUCACGGUGUGACAUGCGCAGUCCCGCCUCAGCCUUUGCCCAGGCAGAUCCCAGCAGCAGCAUAUCCUGCACACACAUAACUCUAUGGGCUACACGACUUUACAUUCACGAAAAAUUACACAUCACAACAGGCGAUUACAGGUGGCUGAAAAGUUUUCGCCGUAAGAUGUGUGGACGAACUGCCUGUACUCUUGCUCCUGAUGAGGUGAGCCGAGCCUGCUCAUACAGAAACCGAGGAGGGCAGCGGAGACAGCCCACCUGGAGGAAUGGAGAUGCCGACAAAUACCGACCCUCCUACAAUAAGAGCCCCCAGUCUAUGAGUCCUGUCCUGCUGUCCCAGAGGCAUUUCGAUAAGAAUGCUCCUGUUGAUGAGUGUGUGUUGGCCUCCAUGCGUUGGGGUCUGGUACCUGCCUGGUUCAAGGAGAACAACCCAAACAAGAUGCAAUACAGCACCAACAACUGCCGCAGUGAGAACAUAUUGGAGAAGAAAUCAUAUAAGGACCCCCUGAUGAAAGGGCAGCGCUGCGUCAUCCUGGCCGAUGGCUUUUAUGAGUGGAGGAGGCAGGAGAAAGACAAGCAGCCUUUCUUCAUAUACUUCCCUCAGACUCAGGGAACCAGUCAGAAGAAAACAGAGGAUGACCCCAUGACCUCAACUUGCAAUAAGAAGAAUUCAGAGACAGUGUGCCCUCCAGAGGAGGCCUCCCCAGACUCAACAGAGGGAGGAGAAGCACCUGGUGAGUGGACUGGAUGGAAGUUGCUGACAAUGGCCGGACUGUUUGACUGCUGGACGCCUCCAGAGGGUGGAGAACCCCUUUACACGUACAGCGUAAUCACUGUGAAUGCUUCCCAAAACUUGGAAAACAUCCAUGAUAGGAUGCCAGCAAUUCUGGAUGGAGAUGAAGAAGUGAGAAGAUGGCUGGAUUUUGGGGAGGUGAAGUCUUUAGAUGCCUUGAAGCUGCUCCAGUCCAAAAACAUCUUAACGUUUCAUCCUGUGUCGUCACUUGUAAACAACUCUCGUAACAACUCUCCAGAGUGCCUUCAGCCAGUGGAUCCAAACAUCAAAAAGGAGCCAAAACCCACAGCCAGCAGUAAGAUGAUGAUGAGCUGGCUGACGAGCAGCGCACCUUCAAAGAGGAAGGAGCCCAACACAAGUGAGAGGAAAGAAGAGCAAGAAAGCAAGUCAGAGGCCCAGAGCAAGUCUACAGGUCUCCAGCAGUGGCUUCAGGGAGCCAAUAAAAAACCCAGAACCCAAUGAAGAUGUGAAGUGACACUGAAAACUCUGCACUAUUUAAAAAAAAGUACAUUUAGAUCAUUUAAUCCACUUUACUAUUUUCACUGUUGUGAGAUAAAUAUUGAAGUCAAUUUCUGCCAACAUGAUGAAAAAAUAUCCUGUGUAAUAAUGACAUAGUAUCUUAAAAAUAAUUUUUUGAGAAAACUUUAUUUUGCUUUAGCAAGUCAUUUCAAGAUGUUCCUGAUUUUGAAGUACUUAGUCAUUGUAUUGUAUUGGUAUACUGUCACUAUUUUGUGACAGUCAUUAUCAUACUAAAUACAUUUACAAAGUCGUUUUUUCUUUUACUAGCAGAAAUGCUCUUGCUUGGUAAUUGUUUAAAUGUGGGGAAAAAAAUGCAACACACUUUUAUAUUUCAAAGUGGUAUUAAUAAAUGUCUGAAAUAAACACA